CAUCCAACAGCCCACAGCGCUGGUCGUCGCAACUAGUAACUAGCAAUUUUUUUCAGUUUUUGCCAAUUUAAAAUUUUAUGAUUUCUACCAAUCGAAGAAGAAAUUGAACAAAAACGCAGCCAAUUAAGAAACUAACCCACGAAAAAAGCCAAUAGGCGAGAAUUUGGCAGAAUUUUUUCUUAAUUGAAAAAUAUAUUUUACAAAAAAACAAAAAAAAAAAGAAACAAGUGACUGCAAAAGUGUUAACGCUUUUUGGGCAAUUCAGUUUUUGAAAUUUUAAUAAAAAGUAUGCUCAUAAAAAUUACUUGCAUAUAUCGUUAAAAGUUGAAAAACGGUAUAGGCGUGGAGAAAUAACUGCAGCCGUUUUCCACAUACGAUGAAAAUUUCUGAAAGGAAAUCCGCAAGUGUCGUGUGAAAAAGUGCUACCCAGUGUUUUCGCAAAACUGUCAAAGGACUACCCCAGCAGCAGCCACUGGAAAUGGAUUAACUGUUAAACCGAGCGCGAAGUUCAAUAUCGAACAGAGAAUAACUAACUACCACCACCACAGAAAGCUGUGGUGCAAUAAUUCAAGUGAAAAAUUAACAGUGUUUUAAUUUUUACGCGUAACGCGCUUUUGGCCUGAAAAGUGAAUUUCAAAAAUUUGCAUUUACAAAAGGAAAAAAUAAAAUAAACUAACAAACUUUGGAAAAAAUUAAGUUGUGUGCAAUUUUUUAUGAAAAAGCACACAAGCACGUCGACUACGAGAAAAUCCGCAUACGCAAGUGAAAAAGAAUAUUGCAAGAUGACCAGGAAAGGUUCGAGUCCACUUGGGCUCGACAUGUUGGCGGUAUCAGUGGCAGUGGCAUUCGUAUUUUUACCAUUGUUAUCACAAGCCGCUCCCCUACAAGAUGCAACUGAAAUUCAACAAUUCACAGAAGGCUGUUACUAUAAUUACAAUCACUACAAUGAAGGCGAUAGAAUAUUAACGAACGAGCCCUGCUUGAAUUGUACCUGCCACAAUAAGAUGCUCAUGUGUUAUUUGCGUGUUUGCCCGUUCACGAAGCCAAUCGGUCACGAUUGCAUUGUGGAGAAGCGUGAGGAUCAAUGCUGCCCGAUUAUCACAUGCCCCGAGGUUCCGGUUGAUAUUGCACAUCACUCACCUGAGCCAGGCACUGAACUCAGUAUUCCAGAGAAAUUUGGUUGCAGUAUUGAUAGUAAAUUCUACCCCGAGGGUGCACAAGUACCAUCGAAUCCCAAUAAGCCUUGCGAACUGUGUUAUUGCAUAAAGAAUCGCACUUCAUGUCUAAUGCAGGAAUGUACAUUGCAUAUUGAUGGUUGUACACCGAUUUACAACAAAGGAUCUUGCUGCCCAGUGCGUUACAAUUGCGAUCACGAAAAUGAUAUUUUGGGACUGGAGGAUCACUCAUCAACUACAUCCACCACAACCACAGAGCGCCCAACGCCUGGCUUCAUUCUCACUACUACCAUGACCCCGUCAGUAACCACCGAUUGUGUACACAAUGGUGAAUUGUAUGCCGAUGGCUCAUCCAUCACUGGCAGAAGUGCCUGCGAGCACUGCUACUGUAUGCGUGGAGAUAUUGUUUGUGCCGUUCAAGAAUGCGAAAUGCCAAUGCUGGCCAGCAAUGGCAAAAGCUGCCAUGCAUUACCACCGGCAGAUGGUGCAUGUUGUCCAAGCAAUUAUGUUUGCGAAGACGACUCAGCCACAACGGAACUCAUUGAGAUCACUACCUUGCCAUAUUCUAAAGAAGAUGAAGUGGUCACUGCCUCCAUCGAUAGGGAUCUGCAUGGUGCCAUACCAGAGGAGGAUCUUCAAUUACAAACACACAUUGACGAGGACGAAGAAAAAGAAGUAUCCACAGAUAAAACUGAAAUUGAACAAGAACAACAAGCAGAAGCAACCACAGUAUCGGCUAUUAAAGAAGAGGAACAGAAACCUACAGUUGAGUUUGAAACAUCUAAACCAAGCAGAGAUGAAGCAGAAGCUACAGUUCAACCGGAAGCGCCUGAAAUACCAACCACUGUACCCUCAACAAUCAAAGUGGAUAAGGAAACAAGUGAAGAAAUUAGUGCUGAGGUUCCAGAAUUGACAGAAUCCUCUGAGGAGCCAACUACUCUCCGUCCUGGUGUCGAAAAGCAAAGUGAUGAAGUAUCGACGGAAUCUAUGGAAACAAUUGAAAUUAUAUCUGAGGAAAGCACAGAGAAGCUUACAGACUCCGAAGUCAGCAAUGAAAAGGAGAGUGGCGAGGGAUCAACUGAGUCUGGUGAAGCUGAAUUAUCAACUAAGAAAUCUACCGAAGUAUCCAGCGCAGAGGAGGAAGUUCCAGAUAUGCAACUACCAGCUGUUAUUCCAGGUGAAGGUGACUGCUUGGUUGGCCAUAGAACAUACGAAAACAAUACCAUUAUUCCAACGGCGGAUGAAUGUGAUAUCUCUUGCAAGUGUGUUAGCAGCAUUAUUGUCUGCCAAAAAGUCGAGUGUGAUAUUCCAUCAGAUAUUAGCAAAUGCGUUAUCGAUCAAGCUAGUUCUAGCAAAUGCUGUCCCUCAUAUAUCUGUGAACCUGGCGCAGAAGCUACUACAGCACCCAUUGCUCAGGAAGGUGUGCAAACAACAAUUACUUCGCUCUCAGACAUUGACAUACCUGUGGCUCCUACUGAACUGCCAAUGUCUCAUGUCAAGGAGGAAGAGGAAGCAGAAAUUGUGGGCAGCACCACAGCACCAAAGACUGACCAAUCGACAUUGAUUGCCGAUAGAGAUGAAGAAGUCGAGGAGGUUACAAUUACACCAAGUGGUCACACAACACCAGAGGAACCAGAAAAAGUCAGCGCCAUACCUACUACAGAAGGUGAAUCGGAGGAACUCUCUACUGCUCCUGCCUUGGGACCAGAAGAGACUGAAGGUUCUACAGCUGCACCCGCCAUCGGCGAAACUGCAACUAUUACUCCUGGUUUUGAUGCUGAAUUUUCCGAAGGGCAAUCCACUAUUUCUCCGAUAAUCGGAGAAGUUUCAAGGGCUACAAUAGCUCCAACCAUUGGUGAAGGAGAAAAGGCAUCUGAAGUGGAAACAGAAGUAUUUGAGGAGGCUGUAAAAGCCACCACAGCUCCUGGUCUGGAAGAAGUUGAAAGGGUUACUUCUGUUCCUAAAGAUAUUACGGAAGGCGUUGAGCAAGAAGCAGAAAUAGAAAAAUCUACUGCUAGUCCCGGCAUCGGUGAAGCGGAAAAGACCACUCUUGUAGCUGGUGUAGAAAAGAUUACACCGUCUACUGAAGCCGCUGAAGUUGAGAAGGUUACAUCUGGUUCUGUCACUGAGGAAAGCGUGAAGGUUACUACACCAUCUGAUGGUGAGCAACCUGGAGGUGUCGAAAAUGUUAUUACAACUCCUAGUGCCGACGAAAUUGAAAAGGUUCCUGGCCCCGAAGAAAUUGAGAAUGUUACUGCUGCCGAGGAAAUUGAGAAGGCAACUGAUGCUCCUAGCUCAGAAGAAAGCGAGGAAAGUACCGUCACUCCUGUUAUCGAAGAAGGUGAAGAGAUCAUUAUCUCCGAACCGGGAUCUGAGGAAGUUGUCACCAAUGGUCCUCUUAUUGAAGAUAGCGAGAAGAGCACAUCUGCCCCUGAUGCUGAAAAAAUUGAAAAGGGUACUGCUGCUCCAGCUAUUAAACAAGACAAGGAGAGUACUUCUGCUCCUGUCUCGGAAGAAGAAGAAAAUAUUACUGCUUCUCCAGAUAUCCAAGGUACUGAAAAGACUACUGCGGGUCCUAGUAUCGAAGAGAGCGAUAAGGCUAGUGUUGAAGACAUUGAAAAGUCUACUUCUGCUCCUGUCGACGACGAGUCUGAUGUCCAAAAGAUUGAGGAAACAACUGGAUUUGAACAAACAACUCACAAAGAGGAAAUCGCUUUUGGUGAAGAACACGAGAGCACUGCUCUGCCUGGAACAGAAGAAGAAAUUGAAAAGGUCAAUGAUAUUGAGGAAAUCGAAAAGACUACCUCUGCUCCUGUUUCCGAAGAUAUUGAAAAAUCAACUGCUCCUCCAAGUCUUUCAGCUGUUCCUGCAAUCGAAGGAGCAACGGAGGAACCUGCUCUGGAUACAGGAAUUCCAGAAGAAGUCGAAAAGACCACCCACAAAAUCCCAACUGAUAUUGACAAAGAUGAAAGUGUUACUUUCAUUCCUCGUAUCGAUUUGAACACUGAUGUCGAAGAAGUUGAGAAAGCAACUGCCGUUCCUGAAAUCGAAGAAACUGAAGGAAGCGGCGAGGUUACUGCUGCUCCAAUUGGCGAAGAAGAUGAGAAGGUUACGGUUGCUUCUGGAUCCAAACCGGGUACUCUCGAAAUUGAGGAAGGAGAAGAUGUGGAAAAGACCACGAUUGCUUCUGGAAUUGAAGAAAGCCAAGAUGCCGAAACUGCCACCCCUGCUCCUAUACUCGAAGAUAUCCAAAAGAUCACAGCUGCUCCUGAAGUUGAAAUGGGCGAAGCUGUUGAGAAGACAACUCUUGCUCCUGAAACCGAUGCUGUGGAAAAAUCCACUGCUAUUCCUGGUGUUAUCGAUACUGAAAAGGCUACUGUUGCUCCUGAAAUCGAAGAAGGCGAGGGUGUCGAAAAAGAUGAAAAGGAUAUUGCUGGCCCUGAUGGCAUCGAAACUGAAGUGGUUACAGCCGUUCCCGAAAUCGAAGAUAUUGAAAGUGUUAAAAAAGCCACUCCAGCUCCUGGAAUCGAAGGCGUCGAGGAGACUACUGCUGAGAAGACCACCUCUGCGCCAGGAUUCGACGACUUCGAGAGAACUACGGUUGCCUCUGCAGUUGAGAAAGCCACUAUUCUUCCAGAACUUGAAGAACCUGAAAAAGUUAUUACCACUCCUGGUGUAGAAGAAAUUCAAAAAGUGACCGCCGCUCCUGAAGUCGAAGGGGAGGACGUUGUUGAGGUUAGCCUUGCUCCUGAAACCGAAAAGACUACAGCCGCCCCUGGUGUAGAGGAAAUUCAAAAGGGUACUUCCGCUCCUGAAGUCGAAGAGGAUGAAGGUGUUGAGAAGGUCACCGUGGCUCCUGAAAUCGAUGAACUUGAAAAAGCUACUGCCGCACCUGCUGUGGAAGAAAUUCAAAAGAGUACUGCCGCCCCUGAAGUCGAGGGAGAUGAAAGUGUUGAGAAGGUCACCGUGGCUCCUGAAAUCGAAGAACUCGAAAAGGCUACUGCCGCCCCUGGUGCAGAAGAAAUUCAAAAGGGUACUGCCGCUCCUGAAGUCGAAGAAGAUGAAGGUGUUGAGAAGAUCACCGUGGCUCCUGAAAUCGAAGAACUCGAAAAGGCUACUGCCGCCCCUGGUGCAGAAGAAAUUCAAAAGAGUACUGCCGCUCCUGAAGUCGAAGAAGAUGAAGGUGUUGAGAAGAUCACCGUGGCUCCUGAAAUCGAUGAACUUGAAAGGGCUACUGCCGCACCUGCUGUGGAAGAAAUUCAAAAGAGUACUGCCGCCCCUGAAGUUGAGGGAGAUGAAAGUGUUGAGAAGGUCACCGUGGCUCCUGAAAUCGAAGAACUCGAAAAGGCUACUGCCGCCCCUGGUGCAGAAGAAAUUCAAAAGAGCACUGCCGCCCCUGAAGUCGAAGAGGAUGAAGGUGUUGAGAAGGUAACUGUGGCUCCUGAAAUCGAAGAACUCGAAAAGGCUACUGCCGCACCUGAUGUGGAAGAAAUUCAAAAGAGUACUGCCGCUCCUGAAGUCGAGGAAGAUGAAAGUGUUCAGAAGAUCACCUUAGCUCCUGAAAUCGAAGAACUCGAAAAGGCUACUGCCGCCCCUGGUGUAGAGGAAGCUCAAAAGGGUACUGCAGCUCCUGAAGUCGAAGAGGAUGAAGGUGUUGAGAAGGUCUCCGUGGCUCCUGAAAUCGAAGAACUCGAAAAGGCUACUGCCGCCCCUGGUGCAGAGGAAAUUCAAAAGAGUACUGCCGCUCCUGAAGUCGAAGAGGAUGAAGGUGUUGAGAAGGUCACCGUGGCUCCUCAAAUCGAAGAACUCGAAAAGGCUACUGCCGCACCUGCUGUGGAAGAAAUUCAAAAGGGAACUGCCGCUCCUGAAGUCGAAGAAUUCGAAAAGGCUACUGCUGCCCCAGGUGCAGAGGAAAUUCAUAAGGGUACUGUCGCUCCUGAAGUCGAAGAAGAGAAGGUCACCGUGGCUCCUGAAAUCGAAGAACUAGAAAAGGCUACUGCCAGCCCUGGUGCAGACGAAAUUCAAAAGGGUACUGGCGCUCCUGAAGUCGAAGAGGAUGAAGGUGUUGAGAAGAUCACCGUGGCUCCUGAAAUCGAUGAACUUGAAAGGGCUACUGCCGCACCUGCUGUGGAAGAAAUUCAAAAGAGUACUGCCGCCCCUGAAGUCGAGGGAGAUGAAAGUGUUAAGAAGGUCACCGUGGCUCCUGAAAUCGAAGAACUCGAAAAGGCUACUGCCGCCCCUGGUGCAGGAGAAAUUCAAAAGGGAACUGCCGCUCCUGAAGUCGAAGGGGAUGAAGAUGUUGAGAAGGUCACCGUGGCUCCUGAAAUCGACGAAUUCGAAAAGGCUACUGCUGCACCAGGUGCGGAGGAAAUUCAAAAGGGUACUGGCGCUCCUGAAGUCAGUGAAGAUGAAGGUCUUGAAGAGGUCACCGUGGCUCCUGAAAUCGAACAACUCGAAAAGACUACUGCCGCACCUGCUGUGGAAGAAAUUCAAAAGAGUACUGCCGCCCCUGAAGUCGAAGAGGAUGAAGGUGUUGAGAAGGUCUCCGUGGCACCUGAAAUCGAAGAACUCGAAAAGGCUACUGCCGCCCCUGGUGUAGAAGAAAUUCAAAAGGGUACUGCCGCUCCUGAAGUCGAAGGGGAUGAAGAUGUUGAGAAGGUCACCGUGGCUCCUGAAAUCGAAGAACUUGAAAAGGCUACUGCCGCCCCUGCUGCAGUGGAAAUUCAAAAGGGUACUGCAGCUCCUGAAGUCGAAGAGGAUGAAGGUGUUGAGAAGGUCACCGUGGCUCCUGAAAUCGAAGAACUCGAAAAGGCUACUGCCGCCCCUGGUGCAGAGGAAAUUCAAAAGAGUACUGCCGCUCCUGAAGUCGAAGAGGAUGAAGGUGUUGAGAAGACCACCAUUGCUCCUCAAAUCGAAGAACUCGAAAAGGCUACUGCCGUCCCUGGUGCAGAAGAAAUGCAAACGGCCACUGUUGCUCCUGAAAUUGAAGAACUCAAGAAGGACACUGCCGCUCCUGGGGUCGAAGGAGUUCAAGGUAUUGAGAAGGUCACUAUUGCUCCUGAAAUCGAAGAAUUUGAAAAGGCAACUGCCACUCCUGAAAUUGAAGAAGGUGAAGGUAUUGAGAAAGACUCUCUUUCUCCUGAAACUGCAGAAGGAAUUGAAAUUAUUACUGCUGCUCCUGAAGUCGAGGGAGAUGAAAGUGUUAAGAAGGUCACCCUUGCUCCCGAAAUCGAAGAAAUCGGAAAGGUUACUGCCGCUCCUGAUAUCGAGCAAAACGAAAGGGUUACUAUUACCCCACCUGCAGAUAAAAUGGAGACUGCUACUGUUGCUUCAUCAGCAGAAGAAAUGGGAGAUGUUGGGAAGACUACGCGAGUACCUGCUAUUGAGACCGAUAUGGCUACUUCUUCUCCUGAAUCUCUUGCAACUCAAAGCGCCGAUGAAAUUGAAAUUCAAGAAGCAGAUCAUCAUGCUACGAGUGCUCCUGCUGAAGAAGAAAGUGAGGGAAUUACGGGCGCUCCUCGCUUGGACUUGGACGCUGAAACAGCAACCACUGCUCCUAUUGUGCCAGCUGUCGGAGAUGCCGUGGAAGAUAUUACCACACAACCCCCACAAAUUAGUGAAACAAAGACUACUCCAGCUCCUUCAGUAACAGCCGAUUUAGAAUCAGUGGAAGAAGGCGAACUAUCAGUAGAAUCAGAAGAAGAGACGUCAACUGAGCACAAAGUACAGCAUGUAGGCGAAUUUGUUACGGAACACGUCGUUGAGGGCACAACAGAAGGUGCAAUUAAACCUAUAGAACCAUCUAAAAUAGACGAGUCGGAAGCAUCCGGUGAGGAAGGAGAAGAUAUAGAGGAUAUUACAAUUGAGCCUGCCUUGAAACCACAUUUCACCGGGGCAGACAUGGUUGCAAUCACUGACCAACCCGAGUCUGAAGAGGAGAACGUGACGUCGAAGCCUGGAAGCAUCGGGGAAGAACAACUACCUCCAGCUAAGCCUGAAGAGGAGAAGCAACCAAGCACGGCGGCUCCUGAAGAAUCAGCUGAAUCUGAAGAAGAAAAAGAAUUAGCAACUGGCAAACCUGUAGGAGAAAGUGAAGAGGAGAAACAACCAACAACAGGCAAACCUGAAAGCGAAGGAGAAUUAGAAAUGCAACCUAGCACAGCCGCUCCAGAAAGCGAAGCUGAAGAAAAGGAGCCAGCAGUGACUGUCAAACCUGAAGAAGAGAAACUGUCAGUGACAAUCAAACCUGAAACGGAAGCUGAAGAAGAGAAACAAACUGCCACCCCUGAAGUUGAAUCAUCAGAAGAAAGCCAAGCAGCAACAGCCAAACCUGAAGGCAAUGCCGACGAAGAGCCACAACCUGGCUCAACUACUGCUGAAGCAGAAUCUGGGGAAGAAGAACAAUCAGCUACAGUUAAGCCUUUAGAAGAAUCUGAAGAGCAGAAGCAACCUGCCUCAGAAGCCCCAGAUACGGAGUCUGAGGAAGGAAAACAGCCAGCCACAGUUAAACCUGAAGUAGAAACCGAAGAAGAGAAACAACCAGGAACAGCUGCCCCUGAAGACGAAACUGAAGAAGAACAACAAACAGGAACAGUUAAGCCUUUAGAAGAAUCUGACGAGCAGAAGCAGCAACCUGGCACAGUUGCUCCUGAAAUUGAAUCUGAAGUUGACGCUGAGAAAGAAAAACAACCAGCAACAGUCAAACCUGAAUUCGAGGCAGAAGAAGAGAAACUACCUGGUACAGCCGCCCCUGGAGUUGAAUCUGAGGAAGAGAAACUACCUGAAACAACCGCCCCUGGAGUUGAAUCUGAGGAAGAGAAACUACCUGGAACAGCUGCUCCUGAAACUGUGUCUGAAGAAGAGAAACUACCUGGUACAGCCGUUCCUGAAGUUGAAUUUGACGAAGACAAACUACCUGGUUCAGCCGCCCCUGAAAUUGAAUCUGAAGUUGACGCUGAGAAAGAAAAACAACCAGCAACAGUCAAACCUGAAUUCGAGGCAGAAGAAGAGAAACUACCUGGUACAGCCGCCCCUGGAGUUGAAUCUGAGGAAGAGAAACUACCUGAAACAACCGCCCCUGGAGUCGAAUCUGAGGAAGAGAAACUAGCUGGUACAGCCGCCCCUGAGGUUGAAUCUGUGGGAGAGAAGCAACCUGGAACAGCUGCUCCUGAAACGGAAUCUGAAGAAGAGAAACUACCUGGUACAGCCAUCCCUGAGGUUGAAUCUGAGGAAAAGCAGCAACUUGGAACAGCUGCUCCUGAAACGGAAUCUGAAGAAGAUAAACUACCUGGUACAGCCGCCCCUGAAGUUGAAUCUGUGGAAGAGAAGCAACCUGGAACAGCUGCUCCUGAAACGGAAUCUGAAGAAGAGAAGCUACCUGGUACAGCCGUCCCUGCGGAUGAAUCUGAGGAAGAGGAACAACCAGUAACAGCCAAACCAGAAGUCGAGAUAGAAGAAGAGAAGCAACUCGCAACAGCCAUUCCUGAAAUUGAAUCCGAAGGAGAAAAACAACACGGCACAAUCGCGCCGGAAGUGGAAUUUGAAGAAGAAAAACUACCAGCAACAACGAAGCCCGCACUUGAAGCCACUCUUGCAGGUGAAUCUGAAGAAGAGAAACAACCUGUGACAUCCAAACCUGGGUCGGAAGCCGAAGGAGAGGAAGAACGAAUAACAACAGCACCUGAAAGAGAAUUCGAAGAAGUAGGACCUGUUGUCACAGUCAAACCAGAAGUAGAAACCGAAGAAGAGAAACAACCUGGCACAGCGACCCCUGAACUGGAGUCUGAUGGAGAAAAACAAACACCAACAGUUAAACCCACAGGUGAAGCAGAAGAAGAGAAGCAACCUGGAACAGCUGCCCCUGAAGUUGAAUCUGAAGAAGAAAAACAACCACCAACUGUCAAACCUGAAGGCGCGGCAGAAGAAAAGAAACAACCUGAUACAACCGCUACACUCAAACCAGAAGAAGCAAUCGAAAUAGAGAAACAGCCUGAAACUGCUUCCCCUGAAGUUGAGUCUGAUACAAUGGCUCCUGAACGAGAAUCUGAGGAAGUAAAACGGCCAGCAACUGUAAAGCCUUCAAGCGAAGUUGAAGAAGGGGAUGAACGAGUGACGAUAGCAGCUGAGCCUGAAGCAGAAGGAGUAAUUCAGCCAGCAACAAUCAAGCCAGCAACUUCGGAGAAAGACACAAUUGGCUCUACGGAGAAGACAGAAUCUGCCGAAGAAAGUGAAGUCAGCGGAGAAGAAGAAAAAACAGGCACCGCAACCACAGUUCACCCAUUAUUCCCUCACAUUGUCACAACACCGCCAGCACCAGUGAUCGACAGUCGAAUCGACAGUGCCAAUACAACAGCACAGUCUGAAAUUGCUACAGAAACGACAACGCCUACAAAUCUCAUUAGCAGCGAUGUACUCAUUACAACACAACCAACAAUCACACAUUACCCACCUCCAGCCCCAGUAUACGGACAGUAUCCAUCCUAUAACGAUGAAUACCCCGAUGAAGAUGAAUCUGAAGUAUUCGGUCCAGGCACUUGCCGUUAUGGCGGUAAACUUUACGUAUCCGCGCAGCAAAUACCACGUGAUGAUCCCUGCGAUUUCUGUUUCUGCUUCAGAAGCGAUAUUAUCUGCUUGCAACAAUCUUGCCCGCCACCAAUUGCCGGUUGCCACGAAGAACCAAUUUCGGGCUUCUGUUGUCCACGAUACGAAUGUCCCGUAUCGAUGGCAAACGUACUGAAUAUUACCACCAGUACGACAACAACGAGCACAACACUGCCGCCACAUUUCCUGCAUCACUCAUAUGGCGGAGCGGUGCAACGAAAUGGCUGCCAGAUCAAUGGCAGAUCGUACAAGGUCGGCGAAAAGAUCGAAUCGACGAGCGGCCCAUGCAUCAAUUGCACUUGCGGUGGUGAUGGAAAAAUGAAAUGUGAUCCUCAGGCGUGCGUGCCCGAACCAACGAUGCAGCAAGUGAUGGCCGUCGUUGCGACUGGCAGGAAAAGAUGAAAUAAUCGCUAAGCAUAAACGCUUACGAAUAGAACACUGCAGAUAAGGAACAAACACAUACAUACAGACACUCAAACACAUUAAAAGACUAGUGAACAAAGAAAAUCUGCAAUCCCGGUGCCAAAAUCACAAUGAAAUAUGGAAAUAUUGACGAAGAGAAGUUGGAGGCGAAUUAGGAGGAAGGUGUGGGAAAAGAGAAAUUGUCCAAGUGAAAUAUGAGAUAGACACACAUACAUGCAUACAUAUCGGAGUAUGUGUUGUAUAUGUGGCUCCUUUUUUUCUUUGAGUACACACACACACACACACCCUUAUUACUUAUAUUAUAUGUAUAUAUAUAUAUAGGUAUAAACUAUAUUUAUAUAUAUAAAUAAUACUUUGUUUUUCAGCAAACAACCAGUGAUAUUGUGCUGUAUACCUAGUAUAGGUGCAAUUAACAAUUUUUGUAAUUAAGGACGCACUUACUUAAGCGAAUUUUUUGUUUAUAAUUUGUAAUUGUAAAAACGAUAAACAAAACAAGCAAAAAAACGAAAAACAAAAACUAACAUUAUUUAAUUUGUAAUUAUAAAUUUUAGUAACAUUUGUAACGUAGUUCUUUGUGCACGAACGAUCGGCGCGGCGCGACAACGCUGAAAAAAGAUUUAUGCGUAAAAUUAAGAAAAAAAAUCAAGAGACUCUCAAGCGAAAAAAAAUAAAAGUUAUAUAAAAAAGACACUAAGCCGCAAGUGUCGUGUGGCGCAAAUUGUGGUUGCCACAAAGAAUAACGUUAUGAACUAUAAAAGCUUUGCCAUUAACUAUAUUCGUACUGCUAAACUACCUACGCUCUAGCAACUAAUUGUAAACUAUGAUGUUUUUUACCUUUUUAUAUGUACUAUAUAUAACUUUUACUUGUACGAGAUGUUUUUUUUUUAAUUCUGUAUUUUAUUUAUAUUUUUUUUUUUGAAUUAUGAUAUUGUAUUUUGUAAUGUUGCUACUAGUCUUCUUUCUUUGUAUGAGCAACGGCAAAAAAUCGAGAAACAUUUUUUUUGUUUUUGUAAUUUUUUUUUACUUUUCCCGCGUUUUUAUAAGCUUCCUUCAUAUAUUUUCAAACGAGAGCUAAGCAAUUUCUUCCUCUUAUGGAAUUACAAUGCAAGUCCAAACUUGCUGAGUCAUAAGAAUAUGCACCACAAAUCGAUAUAAGUGCUUGUAUACACUCACCCAUGCGCCACAAAUAAAUAUACAAACAAUUUGAAAAACUGUAUAUGAGGUAAAAAACAAAAAGCAAGCAACAUGCCAACAAACACACGAUGAAGUAUGUAGGUGUAAGCGGUGGUGAAGGAGAAGGCGUGGCAAAUCGAGUUGGUCGCGUGCGAAGAACAGAAUUCUGACUAGCAGUAAAUAUGCAGCAUCGAAUGAAGCGCUUGCAUUUUUUAAUAUGAAAACCAAGAAAUAUAUAUAAUAAAAAUCGUAAUUAGUUAAACUACCUUAUACUGUAAAAAAUAAAAACUGAAAAACACGAAUAUUAUAUAGUUUAGUAAACAGACAUUGAAAUACUUAUCACUAAUGCUCGACUGAUUGAAAAAAUGUUUAAACUUAAUCGUAAUCGCAUAGUAUCUAAUAGAAAUCGAUAAAUAAUAAUAAAUAUGUAAAUUUAUAUGUAUGUAACUAUGUAAUUAAAAUACGUACACAGUAGCAAUGAAGUUUUCUAUACAUGCAACGAAAAAUAAACUAAAGUAAAUGCGCCGAUUACAUACAUACAUAUAUUGUGUAAGUGUAAGUGUAGCACACGUCAACUAUAAAUAUGUAAUACCUAAUUAUGAAAGUGAAAAAAUAGCAAAAGUUGUAGAAAAAAAAAACAAAUAAGUACUAAAACCUUUUAACACGAUUUUCAGUCACUUGAGCUUUAGCAGUGAAUUUUCUGGUGACAUGUUUUCAACGCCCAGAAAUUCUCACUUUUUUAUUCUAGUAGGUUAAAGCGUAAGAAAAAUGUAUUAAAAAUAUAUAUAAAAACAAAACAAAAAAAAAAUAAAAAUAAAAACUAUAAAUAACGAAAUACACAUAAACACACAGCGAAUAGAUUUUAAAAGGAAACCAGCUUAGUUUUAUCUAACACUAAAACGCAUGAAACGCAUCAUAUGAACAACAACAAAAACAAAAACCACAAAAACUAAAUUUACUACAAAACAUAUGCAUACAUACAUAUUAUGAAAUAAAGAAAACUAUAGCAACAAUAGCACACAGUAAAAUAAAUUAAUAAAUAAAUAGAAAUGCAACCUAGAUUUUAUAUAAAAAAUAAUAAUGCAUCAUUUUUAAGUAAUGCAAUAUGCAACGUACACAUAAAGUAGUUGUGUGUCAGCAACUCUUAGAUUUCUAAAGCUAAUAUUUUUCUGUUUCGAUUUUUUUUAAAUAAAUAUUUUGCCCUUUUUCACCGAUAUGUACAUGUAGUUGAUUCUGUCCAAUUCGCACUUGUCAGACAAGAAUUGGGUUUAAAUCAAUAUAAAAUAAAAACAAAAACAUAUUUAAAAAAUAUAUUCGCGCGUGUAAUCGCAAUUGUAGAUA